AUGGAGAUGGAGGAAAGCUUUGAUGCCGAGGCCAGUUUUGAUGAUGCCUCCUUUCUCCCCCAGAGCCCCGGGUCCACCUCCCCGGCCAGGAGGCAGAAUAAGGAGAAGGAAAUUAAGGAGACCAAAUUAACUAUCAACUGCGUCACUUUCCCUGUGCCGAUGUCUACGCCAGAGCAGCAGCUUCUCAAGCCCAAUGAAUGGAGCUACUGCGACUAUUUCUGGGCUGAUAAGAGGGACCCUCAGGGGGCCACAGUGUCAGGGUUUGAGGUGCUGCUGCAGAAACAGCUGAAGGGCAAGCAGAUGCAGAAAGAGAUGGCAGAGUUCAUCAGAGAAAGGAUAAAAAUUGAAGAGGAGUAUGCCAAGAACCUCUCCAAACUCUCACAGUUCCCAAUGGCAGCACAAGAGGAAGGGACUCUUGGAGAAGCUUGGGCCCAACUUAAGAAGAGUCUAGCGGAUGAGGCAGAGGUCCAUCUCAAGUUCUCCUCGAAGCUCCAGAGUGAAGUAGAGAAGCCAUUGCUGAACUUCAGAGGAGACAACUUUAAAAAGGACAUGAAGAAAUAUGACCACCACAUUGCUGACCUGAGGAAGCAGCUGGUCAGCCGGUAUGCUGCGGUAGAGAAGGCACGGAAGGCUCUAGCUGACAGACAAAAGGAUCUUGAGGUGAAAACACAGCAGCUUGAGAUCAAACUGAGCAACAAAACAGAAGAGGAUAUUAAGAAGGCUCGACGGAAAUCCACACAAGCAGGUGAUGAUCUGAUGCGUUGUGUGGACCUCUACAAUCAAGCUCAGUCAAAAUGGUUUGAGGAGAUGGUCACCACAAGCCUGGAGUUGGAGAGAUUGGAGGUAGAGCGUGUGGAAAUGAUACAGCAGCACCUGCAUCAGUACACCCAGCUACGUCAUGAAACAGACAUGUUCAACCAAAGUACGUUGGAGCCAGUUGACCAGCUCCUACAGAGUGUGGACCCGGCCAAAGACAGAGAGCUCUGGGUAAAAGAACAUAAGACAGAGGAACUGAGACCUGUGGACAUGGACAUCUAGAACACACAGACCUUUGAGAAACAUAUACACAUUAUAUAUGAAUCCACCUGCAUGCAUGUCUACCUGAGACCUUCAACCUCUCAGCCAAAGCCAUACAGGUAUCUACCUA